AUGGCCGAUGAUAACUUGACUGACGACGGCUUGGACUCUGGAGUCUUUUCCGGAGAGGAUGAGGAUGAGUACUUACAUGGCGGACCUGCUUAUCACGACGGCAACACCGAAGGUGAGGAAGAGCCACCCACGAAGCGGUGGAAAGUCGACCAUUCUUCCGGCCAUCACAAGUUCAGAGUCCCCCAGUUUGUCCAAAGGGUGCUCGGAAGUGGCUUUGAGCCGUCCGACGCACUCGACAUGCUACAGCAAAAACACACAAUCGACUUUGGUUCCAAGAACGCGGGUUCGGCGCAGGCCAAGCCUACCGACGGCUUCUUCCCCGAGUUCUUCCUCGACUUCCUCAGCAUCGUGGGCAAACCCGGCCGCCCAAUCUCGAGCGACGACGGUCCCAUCUUUGAUAACGUUACCAUAUCCUUCCAGAGGUGGGCGAAACCAUACGGGGCAAAACACGUCAGCGGGAUACCCUUCGACAUCACCGGCCGGACCUUCAGGAUCGCACAGGCAGCGACGCGUGAGGUAUGGUUCAUCGUCAUGCAUCCGAUGUCUGGCGAGGUGACCGAGCUCCCUCGCUCGGCGGCCGACCGUCGACGCAGGCGAGAACAGGCCGGAGAGAACAGCGGGUUGCCUAAGCCCCUGGCCCAAAAACUGGCCACCUACAUCACGCGCGUAUUCCGAUCGGCGGAGCUGCUCGGCGAGGGCGUCGAGGACAGUUGGUACCCGGGAGGCCCGCACAGCCAGCGGAUCACCACCACCAAAUGGACCAUAUUCCAGAAACAGUUCAUGGACGGCUGGGCCGCCUGGGCCGGUACCCACGACCCAGGCUCCUUCUGGUGCAGCCACGAGCCGGCUUUCCAUGCCUACGACUACGGCGCCAAUAUUCAGAUCGAGGUCAGCGAUUGGCUCUUCCACCUGCCUCGCGAGAGGCCGUACACCCACGACGAUGAAGAAGAGGACGAGGAUGAAGAAGACGAGGAUCAGGCGAUUGUGGACAUUGCACGGCGACAGGCGGCGGGGGUAUUCGUCGAGGACAACGGCCGGGCCGCCGUCGAGGAGAACGCCGCCAACUACAACCGGAUACUCCAGGAGAGUGCAGGUCUGCAAAAGCUCGUCCAGGAGCUAAAUGACCGCUUCAGGCUGGACAACAUCGCGGUAGUCUCCUAUGCCCUCGCUGUAUGCAUCAACAGUGACUCGGACGGAAAACCCAGAUGCUUGCUGGUUGACCGUAACAUGAUGGCGAGAGAGUACCCGAGUCCCCGUGACUUCACAUUUUACCCUCAGGCGUUCAACCCCGUCUAUGGUAACGUCUCGUCCAGCCGGCCUCCCGAGUUCCUCGCCCCGCUAUUCGCCACCAUGAAGGGCAACAUGAGCGACCGCAACGAGGGCGCUGACGUCUUGUCGUUCGGUUACUUCCAAGGCUACUCUAACAUCAAGCGGAGUGUACGCCACAGCCCGCAGGAUCUCCUCGCGACGAAGGGGUACGCCACAGCAGCUCUGACGGUGCCGGCAUCCGACGCGUGCUCCAUGUCGGCGACAAGGGACAAGCGCGAGCGGCUCUUGCGCCUCAUCCGCGGCCAGGGUACGCCCUUUAGUCCCGACGCGUCGACGCCGUUCGCUCGCUCGCGCGUGCAGAUGCAGUACGCCAUUGACACCAGCGAGGUCGCCUACCGGCUCGAACAGGUCGUGUCCCUUGACCUGGGCCGCAUGGUUGGCGCCGAGCGAAAGUUCGAGACCGUGAUCCACACCAUCUUCCAGAUCAUCCGCUUCUUCCUCGUCGAGGUUGAGUCGUACGUCCACAUCUUCCGCUCAAUGCCGACCGACGUCUUCCCGAAGAUCAUGUGCGCGUACUCGCGCAUCUUCGAGCUGGCGCUCGGCGAGAUGGAGCGCCGCUUCACCCACGGCGGCGAGCGAGGUCUCGACCUCCCUCACUCCGAGGCCGUCGCGGUGAUGGACCGCCUCGGGGGGUACAUAUUUACGGGGCACGAUCGCCACCUGCCCAAAACGGUGUUGCGGCCGCUUGGCACGAUCGACAGCCUCCGCAACGGGGCGUGGCCAUACAUCGACCCGGCGUUGCUGGACAUGCGGUCGUCGGGCGGCGCAGUGAUCCACAUCGGCAAAUGGCCCCGGACCAAGAAGGGCGGGAGGCCCGUGCUGCUCCAUGUGGGCGAGCUCAGGUUCCACUACGGAGAACGGAUCUCGGCCAACCGCGAAAGCGAUCUCUGGUUCGCGCAGCUCGGCGAGACCGCGUUCAGCAGCGUGAUGGCCGUGACGGGGUUUGUCGACGAACUGGUGCGCGAUCUCUGGGUGCCGCAGACCAAGUCGUUCAUCACACAGCAACUGAGGCGCCGACUGCACGAAGGGGGCGAGACGGACGGGAGGCCGAUCACGUCAGACGUCAUCAGGCAGUGCCAGACUGCCAUUGAAGCCUGGCAGGACGCGAAGGACGCCUUCACCAACGUAGCGCUGGUGCGGCUCACCAAGGGCCUUGAAGCUGGCGGAUCCCGUGUGGCCAUAACGGAAUCCACCACGCGCACGCGACACGACUUUGCCGUCGAGCUUAUCCGGGCAAUCGCCACGAAUAAGGGUAAGGAUGCAUUCUCAUCAAAGAACGCGUCGUGGCCCCUCAAGUUGCACCUGGCCAUCGCCAGCGGACACAAAGCAGACGGCGGCAUCGGGCGUUCCGAGUGGGCGAGCGUGCUCACGGCCUGCCUCCUUACCGAGCGGAUCGAGUGGUUACCCGGAUCGAUCCGUGGUCGUCUGACAUCCCGCAACAUCAUUCACCUGUCGGGUGCGACAGCGGUGCUGCCAAAAAUGUCCGGCCCACCGGGAUCGCUCCGGCGAGCCGCCCAAGAGGCGGAACUUGCGUACGAGGAGGCGGCCAGGCGACGGGCGCACCAAGCCGCCAACAAGCUGAAUAUCGAUUUCGGAUGCGACUUCCCCAUCAUAAGCAUACCCGACCUGCUCCAGUCCGGUCUCGAUCAGGCCAAGUCGGUCUUCACCCGAGCGGACGGAGAUCGUAAAGUGCUCGACCAUUACCAGCUUGUUAUGAACUGUCUGGCCGAGAACAUUGACGACCCGCUCUGCCAGCUGAUGCUGAUGCUCACACUAACAGUAUGCUCCUCGUCGGCAACGCCGCAGGUCGAUGUCGGGGCGAAAGCAUUCAGCGUUUCGCCCAAACGCAAGGACCCGGGGCAGUUGGCGCUCGCAAUGGUGACGCGAAUGAUGUGGUUUCUGUAUCGCCAAUCCUUCCCGUGGGAUAAAGGCUCCGGCUCCACGGCGCACGAUGUGGCCGAGAUGACCAAAAAGAUUGGUAUGUAG